AUGAGGGUUAUCAUUGUUGCCUGCGGACGUGAAUUUGCCAUGGAAGUUGGUUUCCAGGAACCUGUUUUAGCAAUCAAAAGACAGGUAGAGCAGCUUCUGGGAAUCCCAGUAGGAAGACAAACUCUUUCCGUAUCUGAUUGGGAGCUAGUUGAUGGACUAGACAUGGAAGAUUACCCGAUUGUUACUCACGGCACAAAAAUUGACCUCACCCUCAAACCCCUUUCACCUUCACUUAACCAUCGCACCAAAAUCCAAAUCACUGUAAAAUUUUCAUCCAGACAGAUGAACGUUGAAGUUGACAGAACAGAAACCGUGCGUAGCCUAAAAGAGAAAAUCCACAUAGUUGAUGCCACACCAAUUACAAGAAUGUUACUCUUCUUUUCAGGAGUAGAGUUGGCAGACGAUUUUCGCAAUCUGAGUGAGUAUGGUAUAUCUGAGUUUUCAGAAAUCAGUGUUGUCCUGAGAAGUACGAAUCGUUUAAAGGAAGACCCUCCAACGAGGGAGCUGAAUAUAGUGGUGCAAAUGUCUUCAAGCUUGCUAAAUGCAGCUACCAUCCCACUGGAAAUGAAGGACUCCAGCAGUGUUAAUGAUUUGAGACAGUUACUGCUUAGCAGAAGAAUUCUUCCCCGAGAUGAUUAUCUGUUCAUACACAAGCAGCGGAUCAUGCGUGACAAUUGUAGCCUCAGGUGGCAUGGUGUUGAAAAUGGGGAUUGCCUUUAUGUAUUUAGAGGCACUGUUAGUCGUGAUGGAUAUUGA